CUUUUAAUCUUAUUUUUAUCUAAACUAUAAAUCAAUUAACGUUUAAUGACGCGAGAAGAGACUUAAGAUAUAUCCUAUCUGCGUAUCAACAAUUUUGAAGGAAGAACUAAUGCAAGUUUAAUCAAAUAUGGGAUUAUCUUUUUAUUGUAAUAUAAAAAUUUAAUAUAAACUGCAAUUUUUUUACAAUUGUCGAUAAUGAAGAAUUGUACGGUAGUCACGAUCGAUAAUAUCGAUUGCUCGCUUAUUGACGCGAACAACGCGCGAGAAUGUUGAAAAUUGCAACGGUUGCGGCUCCGUCACAUGGUUAGUUGUAAUUGCGCCGUAUCCGCCGUAUUUCUUAUUGCUGGCUUGCCGGGAAUCCGGAAAUUCUCGAGAACGUUACGCCGGGCAUUUUAUCUUUCCGACAUAAAAAUUCACUGAAGUGUAACACACAAGAAUGAGCUAACCGCGUUAGUCGCGUCCUCGUGGUUCUCGAAACACUCUUGGCUAAGUAUUUUCUUGGAUAACUUUUCACCUCGUGAAAUGGAUAUGGAGUCACAGGAACAGAUCCCCGCCAGUCUGCCCGACACUCAGAACGUAGAUACUUUGACACAAUCGCAAGAAGUUUCGAGCCAGCAAACGACGUUGACUAUUUGGGGAAGACUAUGUGCUACACGGCCAUUAUUGCCAAAUCUGGAUCUGAAGGACACCAGUUAUACGGUUGGACGUGCUGAGAAUUGUGAUAUUUAUUUAACUACAAAAGAGUUGAGGCCAAGAAUUCUGAAUGUAAUCAGCAAGGUACACUUCCGCAUAUACAGGGAGAGUAUUUGCAACAUGAAUGAGGCUGUGGUGUAUCUAGAAGAUUUGAGUCAUAAUGGGACCUUUGUCGAUGACCACUUGGUUGGCCAUGGAAAACGAGUCAUCAUUGAAAAUAAUUCCAAGAUAGCCUUAGCCAGAAGUGACUUCGGAGUAUAUAUAUUUAUGACCACAAAUCUUGAAACCCCUUGCGAAUUGCCAUUGGAACUAAAGCAGAAAUACGCGAGCGGCCGUAGGCUAGGUGCUGGCGCCUGCGGCGAAGUUAGGAUGUUAUUUACGAAGGAUGGUUCGGAAAAGUUUGCUAUUAAAAUUAUACAAAAAAAUUACUUUAGUACAGAUAAUGGGAACAUUUUUAAUAAUCCAAUGAAUGUCAGGAAUGAAGUUGAAAUAUUAAGAAAGUUGAGGCAUCCCUGCAUAAUUUAUUUGAUAGACAUCUAUGACACACCCAGAGCCAUGUACAUUAUUCUCGAAUUAAUGGAAGGUGGGGAGCUCUUUGAUAAAAUAAAAAGUACUGGAAAACUGUCAGAACCAUGUGCAAAAAUGAUAUUCUAUCAAAUUGUACUUGCCGUCCAUUAUCUUCAUAAGGAAGGUAUUACACACAGAGACUUGAAGCUAGAGAAUAUACUACUAAAAGAUAACUCUGAUUAUCCUUUAGUAAAGGUAUCAGAUUUUGGGUUGUCAAAAUUUGUUGAUACCCAAACAAUGAUGAAGACUUUCUGCGGAACCCCUAUGUAUGUUGCUCCCGAGAUUUUAUCGACUCAUGGACGUAGCUCUUAUACGAAACAAGUCGAUGUAUGGAGUUUAGGAGUAAUAUUGUACAUCUGUGUAAGUGGCACAACUCCAUUUCACAGUAAUAAUUUAGUAGAAGAAAUCACACGUGGAUUAUACGAAUUUCGAUCCUCGCAUUUCCAACAUGUACCAGAGAAUGUGAUAAAGCUGAUUAAACGUAUGAUGACGGUGAAUCCGAGGGAACGUAUAACAGUGCCACAGAUCUUACUGAAUCCAUGGUUAAGAGACAUUCGUAUGCGACAAGAAGUCAAUAGACUGAUAUCGAAUAAUAACGUGGAGAACAAUGAGAAUGUACCACCUCUGAAUGUUUGUAACAAACGUCCGCGGAUUAUGGUUUGAAGAAAAAAAACAUACUUGACGCAGUGUAAAGUACAAGAAAAAUAUCUUAUUUUGCGAGUAAUGGAUGGAGGAAUACUUAAUGUCCUCUUGAUAUCAUCUGAUUACGUUGUAAUACAUGGAUAUGUUACCAUUCAUUUAUUGAACAGACUAAUUGUCAUUUAGAAAACGGUCUGUUUCAAUAGAUCUUUGACAGAUUUAAAUAUUAAGGCUCUUAUUAAGUUUGUCUCAUAAAAUAUCACAUACAAAUAGUACAAAUAUAGUACAACGUAAAAUAAAUGUUUAAUAACAUUCAUUCCGUUUAAUUAUAAUUGCAAUUAAAUAUACUUUGUGUUAAUUCGGAAAUUAAAAAAUCAUGAAAACAAGAUAUAUAUAUAUAUACUCUGUGAUAAAGUACAUAGAAAUACUCGGAUAUACUUUUAUUUUUUGACUGACAAUUUAAUAAGUAUAAUAAGAAUUUGUGAUUUAAUUUACAACAUAGAAUACUUAUUACUAUACUAUGUAAUGUAAGUAACACGCACUGCAAAGGUUGUUGAUCGAUAUUAAGUGCCAAUUUAUCAACUUUAUGAUCCUUGACGAUUAAUGAUAAUUCUUGAUUGGGAGUUGAUGUUUGAAGAACAUAGCAAUGCUAAUAAAAAGAGAUUAAGACUGCCUUAUGUUUAAUGUCAAAUGUGCGGAAAUGUAGGUUAACUUUACCUUGAACAUUUAAUUAUCUUAUGACUUUAUCACCUGUUAUAUAACAAAAGCACCCUAGUGCUCAAUUAUAUGAAGUUCUUUAUUCAAAGUGAUGGACAUUAUACAAUAAAGAAGAAUGUCUCGCGAA